AUGGUGCUGUCUCCUGUACCGGCUGAAACUUCGUGUGCAGGGUGCUGCGCGAGCGAUGGUAUGGUGUCACGCAGGCGCGCGCGACGCCCGUGGCUGUGGCUGGCGGCCGCCGCGGUAGCACUGGUGCCGCUGCUGGCCACCGCCAUCGCCGCUGACGUCAUCUUUAGGGUGCCCGAAGUACUGGUGCGGCACGCGGCAGCGUCCAAGCCGGUGGGCACGGGGCGCGCCAACGGGUCCCGCGGCAACGAGUCGGAGCGCUGGGCGGGCGCCGGCGCCGACGACGCGCUGCUGGAGGUGCGCUACGAGGAGUACUUCGUGGAGCACGACGUGUCCACCGCCGCCGCGCGCCGCGCCGCCGCCGACCUUAACGUCGAAGACAUCCCCCCGACGCGGCCGGGCUGCGGCACGUGCAGCGAGCGCGAGUACGCGUACUGCGAGACGCGCGUGCUGGCCGACCACUGCUGCUGCGAGCGCCGCUUCGUGCGCGAGCCCUUCCCCUGGCUGCCCCACACCUGCUACGUGGGCGCGCGCCGCUGUCGCCCGCUGGCGCACGACUGCGCGCAGUACGCGCGCCUGCGGGACUGCUGCUGCCAUCGCAAGCUGGCCGAGCGAUGGAAGAGCAUCCUGUCGGAGUCGAGUCGCGCGGGAGUGAGCGGACUGUGCCUGCUAGUGGUGGGUGCGCUGUUGGUGGUGGCGAGGCUGUGA